CUAAUCUGACCAUACAGAGUGAGUCUCUACGUGUGUUUAAGCCUUCUAAAUGUUGAGUCUGUCCAUGUUAUGGGGAGCUUGGAUGAAGCAAAGUGCCUGUCUGGUGGUAUGAAUGGCCCCAUGGACAGCAGUCAUGCUCUGUGAGGAGUCAUCAGAAGGGUUUAAUGGUGGUCCAGGUCCUGAGGUUUUGGUAAAGGCUGAUGCUGAGACUGCAAUAGAUCCUGUGAAGGAAGUCAUUCACAGUAGCACUUAUAUCUCCUCUGUGUUCCUUGAACAUGGGGGCAACAGUUUGAAUGGGGAGGAGCCGUUCUGUCGUAUCUGUCAUGAAGGCAGCAGUGCAGGGGAUCUGUUAUCUCCCUGUGAGUGUGCGGGCUCUCUGGCGAUGGUGCAUCGUGUUUGUCUGGAGCACUGGCUCACAGCCUCCGGCACCAGUCACUGCGAGCUCUGCCACUUUGAGUUUUCUCUGGAGAGACUUCCUAAACCACUCAUAGAGUGGUUCACCACCCCUUCCAUGCAGCACCAGAGGCGAACGCUGUGCGGGGAUGCGAUCUGUUUCCUGUUCAUCACGCCUUUAGCGAGUCUGUCGGGCUGGCUGUGUGUGCAGGGAGCCAUGGAUCUGUACUACAGCAACGGCAUUGAGGCCAUCGGACUCAUUGUACUCACACUCACCUUGUUCACUAUUUACUUCUUCUGGACUGUCGUAUCCAUACGUUACCACAUUCACCUUAUCAGGACGUGGAAUGCAACAAAUCCCUGCGUCCGACUACAGAUUCCUUGCCCUGCGAAGACGCCCAAGAGGCCAAAAAAUGUAGUACUGCACUUUUUGUGCAAAAAUAAGAAAAAGGAGACAGUGGUGUAGUGCCUGUAACAGCAUCAGCAAGAAAGUGGCUUAACAGUAGUGAUUAUGGAAAUAUCCUUAUUUGAAGUGACAGUCCGAUUUGGUGUGACACCCUGAUUGUGGGUGGACGGUUCCAUUUUCAAUACUGUUUUUAAAUAAUUGAAGACUUUCAAUUAGGAGGAUUUUCUGUCUUGCAAAGUGAUGCCAUGAUUUAGAGUGGACGGUUUCAUAUUCAGUUGUAUAUUUUUCAAUAAUGGGAGACUUCUGAGGGUUUUGGGAAGCAGAUUUAGCAAAUAAAGCCUAUCAAGUAUUGUAGCUAGGUAAGGAUGGCAUUUAGACAAUCAUAAAGAUGCAGAUCAUUUUAUUAAUGUCUGCUUUAUCAUGGAACUUGAAAAAAAAGUGCUUUCUUUCUAGAAAAAAGAACUUUAGAUAAAACUUUUAACCAUGAUAAUUUUGUGUUGUGGCAGAAUCAAAAUGACUAAAAAAUAGAGAAUCUUAAAAUCCUAUUAAAGUUCACCCAAGAAUCAAAGUUUUGUCAUUAUUUACUCACCACCAUGCUGUUCUAAACCCGUAUGACUUUCAUUCUUCUGGGAAACACAAAAUGAGAUGUUAAGCAGUAUGUUAGUCUUAGUCACCAUUUACUGUCAUUGUAUGGAAAAAUGAAUGGAACUGAAAAUUAUUGGUCUAGACCAUUCCUGUGAAGGGCAAAAAAAUCUAACUUGAUUGAGGGCCGUGGGCCGAAAGUAAACUUAGCAUUUCAUCUAACUGUAUUACAUUAAAAUAUAAAAGUUGCCCUGGUUUCCAUACUUUGAUUUCAUUAUAUAUAAAAACAGUACUCUGCAAUCUGCUUAAUUAUUAUUUAUUUUAUUAUACAUUUUAUUCAUUUAUUUUGGUAAUUUUUCCCUCUCUUGUCAUAUACGGCAAGGCAGGCCAAAUUAAAGGUCAUUAUGGGCCAACAUUGGCCCACGGGGCCUGUUUUGGGCAUCUCUGUAGACUAACAUACUUAACAUCUCUUUUUGUAUUCCAUGGAAGAAAAAGUCAGACAGGUUUGGAAAAACAUAAUGGUGAGUAAAUUAUGACCAAAUUUUCAUUUUUGGGGUUAACUACCCCUAACAUGGGAUGUGUUGUGAAUGUCACAGUCAAAGAAUCCUACCUAAUUCAGCUCCAACAUCAAAUAUCUUUAGGCAAGUGGGUUGAAUAUCUCAAUAUUUGGAAACAUUGUUUUUACCCCCUUUUGUCUGUCUGUGUUUCUGUUCUUCCUGAAUCAGGACGUGAUCUGAUUCUGCUAUAGAUGUUGAGUGAGAAGUGUCAAACAAGCAAAUAAAUAAAUAAAUAAACAGGUAUU